UCAGCUGAGCGCACAGAACGUGGGUGCCAAGGUGGAGAGUGGCCCUUUAAGAGAUCAGGUGACACACUCUAAACAUCCCCGUCAUUUUGUGAGAUGUCUCAGGGUGUGUGGGGACAAGAAUCGGGUCUUUACUGGGCCUCAAACUAACUGGGCUGAAAGAAGUGAAUGCUGCAAGGGGCGGGACCGGAUUAUUGGCUGGAUGAGGGCAGACAACAUUUGUUGUGGGGUGGAACAGAGGAGUGUUGCGCAUUCAGCACUGCUAAUCUGAAGCUGCGCGUAAAUCGGAUCAUUGUGUAGCGGGAGGUGAGCAGACAAAUAUUUGCAACCAUGUAGCCAGUCGGCCAGUGACCCGCCCUUACGAGCCCUGUCUGUUAGUGAACUAUCUGCUGGCGCCUGAGGCAGGAUCAGUGCGAGCGCUUCCCACAAGCAACUCAUUGCGAUUCUGUUGGCAUCCGAGAAAGCGCAAGAAUGAACUUUGUACAGAUAGCACUUGUCUCUCCAUCCUCCAUGGCACUUUUGUGACCUCCAUUCCUUUACAAGUUAUGGAUCCUAGGGUCUCCUCUCCCCUCCACUUGUGGAAUCCGUGCACCUUCGGUACUUACGCCCAAAAUUGUCCUACUAACAAGGCUGAAGAUUGUGAGGCCAAUAAAGAAAACAUGAAGGCAGCAGAUGAACGUGUCUUGCCUACUGAAAUUCCUCAGUGUCCCAAAUCUGGUGAUGACCGUGUUCUGUUGGAUACCUGGUAUGUGAUCAAGCCAGGAAAUACCAAGGAAAAGGUGGCCUUUUUUGUAGCCUAUCAAUGCUCAGGGGGUGGAGCUUCACCACGUCCUGGGGGCACUAAAGUCAAAGGUCGGUGGAGUGCAGGUGGAAGCUCUAGGGCUAAGAGAAGACGACAUGCCCUUGAACCAGAUACUCCUCCCUCUGUAGCAGAAAUGGUUGCUUUGGCUGAGAGUCGUGAAGAAGAGGCUAUGCCCCCCAGACCUCCUAUGGUGCUUUUGACCUCAGAGGAAGAAGGAGAGGCCCGAUGCCGCAGUGUGGCAGAGGCAGUGGCGCAGUAUGAAGCAGAGCGUGAGGUUCGAAUUGCCUUCCGUGUGGCUGAGCACCCUGGUGACCCCAUAACUUGUGAUCUUUACCAGCUACUCAGUCCAGAACCACACCGUGUUCGAGUUCUUUUAGAAAAGAUGGAAAAGCCGCAAGCAGAGAGUGAAGAGGAGGCUCAAGCCACUGCUUCUGCUGCGGGAUUCCAUGUUGACCUGGUUCUCACAGGAGCUGUGGAUAGAUGUGUUUUUUAUGGAGGAGAGGCAGGAGAAACAGAGCCAAUUCCUGGUCAGCUUUUCUUCCCAAAUGUAUCAUCUACCCCUACUCCUCCCCCACCACCUCCACCACCUGUCCCCCCACUCUGCCGCCUUUACCGCCAUGUCUCCCACGAUUUCUUAGAGAUACGUUUUCAGGUUCAGCAGCUAUUACAGCCACGGCUUUGUCUCACGUCCUUGCCUGACCAUGUCCUUCUAGCUAUUUUCAGCUACCUGUCCACAGAAGCCCUAGCAGCUAUGAAGUGUACAACCAAGCGUUUUCGAGCACUGAUAGAGGACUAUGGUGUGCGGCCAUGUGACUCACGUUGGAGUCGUGACCCCCAGUAUCGUGAUGACCCCUGCAAACAGUGCAAAAGGAUAUAUCGUAGGGGAGAUGUGUCAUUGUGCAGGUGGCACCCAAAGCCUUACCAUCAUGAUUUGCCCUAUGGACGAUCCUAUUGGAUGUGUUGUCGACGUCCAGACAGAGCAGCUCCUGGCUGCCAGCUGGGACUACAUGACAAUAAUUGGGUGCUACCAGGAGAGAGCUGUAGAGGGAGAGGAAGAGGAAAUGGGGAAGAAGGCAGGUGAAAUGUUAAAAGGGUUGACUGCGGUGUAUGAGAGUUUAAAUAAAAGGCAUUAUUUAUAACUGUUCCACUGUGACUUCUACAAUGCUUUAGUGGAAAAUAAAUCCUAUACAGGAAAA